AUGGCACACUGGUCCACUCCAGAGUGGAUUGCUAAAUCUCGUAUCACUGCCCAAAAUCGGCGUAGCGAGACUGGUGGUCCAGGCACUGGUUUAAGUAAGCAUACUGGUGGUUCCAGGUCUACUGUAGAGCACAGUCAGAAAAUGGCACAAGAACUACAUCGUGAUCCUAAUUCUUGGGAGGUGUUUAGAAAGUUGCAUAAAAAAAAGGAUGGAACCUUUGUUGAUGCCACUCAGAGCAUUAAUAAAAAGCGGCGCAUGUACGGUUUGGGCUCUCAUGCUUCAACUUUAUACCCAAACUCAUUCAGCUGCUUUGCCACUUCCUACAGGACAGCUAUGGUGAUAGAUCAUGUUGCUGAUGAGCGCAUUAGACUGCUUGAGGAGGAGAUCAUGAGCAUGAGGGAAAAUGAAGAGUGA